GUCCUACCAACACACACACACACACACACACACUCUCUCUCUCUCUCUCAUAUCCUCUCACAACUGUAACCCUCGCCGACUCACCAACCUCACCUCAUAUACUUGCGCACUCAACGACCAUAUAUACGCAACCCGACGGCUUCAUCCUCCGACCUUGCCGCCGCCGCCGCUCCAUCUCGUGCCGCCACAUAUACACAGAGAAGACAACAACGACAACACCUGGCUGCAGGGAUCGCUUCAGCAUUCCACCACAGAGCUGCUGCUGUGCUCGUGGUGGACCCGACGAUCUAGAGCACACCGUCUGCUCUCUGCCGCUGCUCGGCGUGUGCUCUUGCUCUCACACCAAACGCUGAGCUCUCGUCCUCCGCUCCGACCACCGACAGCCUGUGCUUUCCGCCGCGGUUCGCCAUGAACACGAUCAUCUCACAACAACCACUGUCGGCUCCUCAUCUGUUGGCGGAGGGCAUCUUCUCACCCUCUCGUGCCGACACCAACUACACAACACACAGCAUGGCUGCCUCAAAUCGCAAGCGCAAAGCUUCCGAGGAGCCCUCCGAUAACGAACGCAUGUCCACAUCCCCUUCCGUCUCGCCGUCCAUAUCCGGUCGUCUCCUCCCACAUCCGCUCCACCGCAACAUCAAACGCACCCGCACCGGCACCGGCGCCGUCGGCACCCCGCUCGCCUUACCACGCCUCCUCGAGACCCUCUCCGCCGACAGCAUGCGGGAGCUCCUCCAAAACAUCUGCGACCGCCACCCCUCCCUCCAAUCCGAAAUCGCCUCCAUGGCCCCGCGACCGUCCGUCGACUCCGCCCUCACCGUCCUCUCGCGCUACGAGCAGUCCUUCCGGGAAGCCUUCCCGCUCGGCAACCGCCACACCUCCGACUACGCCUACAACCGCGUGCGCACCCACCUCCUCGCGCUGAUCGACGCCGUCCGCGAAUUCACCCCGCACUUCCUCCCGCCCCACGAGACCCAAGACAGCCUCUCCCUCGCCUACCUCGACGCCGUCACCCACAUGAUCCACCGGCUGCCGGACUGGGACACCUUCCAACACCGCCGCCACAAGAACGAAGCCUACGACGAGAUCGCUCAGGCCUGGGCCAGCGUCCUCCGCGCCGCCGCCAAGCGCGCGGGCGGCUUCCACCUGUCCUUCGGCGGCUGGGACCAGAAACUCCUCGACCACAGCCGCUCCUCCGCCGGCAAGAUGGAGGCCGCCGCGCAGGAGCUCAAACUCGCGCAAGGCCUCCACCAUCAUAUGGCCGCGGGACAGGGUAUGAACACGUCGUCUUCGUCGUCGGCGGACGCAAGCGUCGGGGACGAACGCGCGAGCAUCCGGCAGCAGCUCUUUUCGGGGACGUAUGGGCACGGGCUGGGCGUGGGACAGGGGCGGUGGUGAUUUUCAUCUUCGUUUUUCGUUUUUCGUUUCUGUCGCUUUCCCCCGUCUGGGUUUGGGAAGAUCGAAAGAAGAGCAUUGCGGAAUUGAAUCGAAAUGCAAUGCAAUGCAUCUGGCAUCUACCUCUCAUUCAUUCGUUCAUCCAUCCAUUCAUUCAUUCAUGCAUCGCUCCCUGUGAGAAGACUGCUCACGCCCCUGGGAUGCGAGGAGACACGACGGCUGCCUUUUGCGCCAAAGGCAGAGAACUGCUGCCGUGAGGUAGAGAGAAGGAAAGAAGGAGAGAAGAACUUCGAUCGGUUGGUUUUGGGAGAGAAAGAAAAAAAAUCAGAAGAGAGCUUCACCCUUGAAAGGAAGCAAAACACACACAUAUGUUGUCUCUCCCUUGUUCUUCUCCGAUGGGCAAAAAAA